CAACAUUGGGCGCGAAGUGGUUUUUGAUGCCCUUCAACAACAUUUGGGGGUUUCAUUUCAAUCGCAUUUCUAGGGUUUCUUUCUCUACGAUUCAAUAGAUUCGGACGAAUUGGGGGAUUCUGACCAGAGAGAAGCUAUGGAGGAAAACGAAGAGGAAGAAGAAUUGCGGCCAACGGCGCUAUACACGGUCGGUGGUUCAGACGAAUUUACCUUUGUUUCUCCCGAUGGGCUCUCCGGUCAAUACACGGGCCCUGAUCACGACGGCGUAGUUCUUCAGACUGAAAAUCCGGCGCCGACUAACUGUCUUGCUUACUACUUCGAGGUUCAUAUCAUGAAUGCUGGUGAAAAAGGAGAGAUCGCGAUUGGUUUCUCCAAGGAACACAUCUAUAGCGAAGGAUAUACUGUCAGAAGCUGUGCCUACAUUGGUAACAGUGGACUCAUAUGCUCUCAAAAUGGAGAUGGUGAUCGAACUGUUGCUAAAGCCAGUGACACCUAUACAACAGGUGAUUUAGUUGGUUGCGGUAUAGACUCGGUUUCACAAGAAUUCUUUUUCACGAAAAAUGGAACUAUCGUAGGGACAAUCCCCAGGCAAUUUAGGCGUCCUGUAUACCCGACAAUUGUUUUGCAUAGCCAAAACGAAGCUGUCACUGUCAAUUUCGGCGGACAGAUUGCGUUUUCUUUUGACUUUGAGCAUUUUGAAGAAUCAUUGAGGGUUAAAAAAGAAAGGGAAAUUGAAAAGAUUUCCAUGUCUCGCAGCAUUAGUCAUGGGCUUGUAAAAACCUACCUUCUUCGUUAUGGAUAUGAAGAUAGCUUUAGAGCUUUUAACCUGGCUGCAAGUCGUCAUACUGUUAUUGCACAAGAAAAUAGUUUUGAUGAGUAUGAAUUGCAUCAAAGGAAAAAGCUCAGAGAGCUUAUAAUGACUGCUGAGAUUGAUGAUGCUAUUGCUGCACUCAAGGAUAGAUAUCCCCAACUUAUUGAGGGUGGAUCAGAAGCUUAUUUUCUUCUUAUCUGUCAAAAGAUUGUCGAAUUAGUACGGAAAGGAGCAAUAGCAGAGGCUAAGUCAUUUGGAAAUCAAGAUUUUAAAGACUUUAGGGAUUCAAGCCUACUAAAAAACCUUUUCGAUGAUUGCUCUGCUUUGUUCGAGUGUGAAACUAUAGAAGAAUCAGGUGCUGCAUAUCUUCUAGGAGAAACACAGAAGAACAUAGUAGCAGCUGCAGUCAGUGAAGCGAUUCUAUCUACAAAUCCGGCCACCAGAGACCAGCAAUCUGCUUCACUUGAGCGAGUGCUUAGACAGUUUGAAGCCACCUGCUCACUCUAUGCUCGUGAAUAAAAUCUUGACUUUUUCUGUUUUUCUUUUUAUCUUUUCUCUUGAUAGAGUCAUUGUGUAAGCUCAAAUGUUCUAAAACUAGCGAUCAUACUUUAACUUGAUUCACAACUAUAUACGAGAUUAUAUUGGAGCUUGAAAAUUUUUAUUUACAAGUAUUUAUCUACAAAUCGGCAAAUAUUGAGCUGCUCAUACUAAUUUUGAUAAUUUAAUCG